AUGCGUGAGAUCGUACACCUCCAAGCGGGCCAGUGCGGCAACCAAGUGGGAGCGAAGUUUUGGGAAGUGAUAUCGGACGAACACGGCAUUGAUCCCACUGGGUGCUACCACGGGGACUCCGAUCUGCAGCUCGAAAGAAUAAACGUGUACUACGUGGAAGCUACAUGUAACUACAAUUGCUAA